CUGACUCAAAUAACACGCAACUAAAAUCCAUUGAAAUUGUCAACCUUUUUCACUAAACUAGACGCUUCCUCCCACCUACCCUACAGAUGGAUAAGAUUGAUUGGAUCCCAUAAUUCAGUUUUUCGCUCUCUUCUUCUUGUUAUAAGCUGAUCCCAAAUCCCACCCAUUCUUCAUAUUGUCACUUGUUGAGACUUAUCUUGUUCAAUAGGAAUUGGGAUAUAUCAACAUUCAUUUGGUUACAAACAGCUAAAUUUGAGAUGGGAGGAAGCAGAAUUUUGAUAAUUGGAGCAACUGGUUACAUUGGCCGCCAUGUGGCCAAUGCAGCCCUUGCUCAAGGCCACCCUACUUUCCUCCUUGUUAGGGAAUCCACAACAUCUAACCCUGAGAAGGCUCAAUUGCUAGAGUCCUUCACAUCCAAAGGAGCAACUCUGGUCCAUGGAUCCAUAGAUGAUUAUGCAAGCCUUGUGGAGGCAGUCAAGAAAGUGGAUGUGGUGAUUUCCACUGUGGGUGCUGAACAGAUAGCAGAUCAGUUCACUCUCAUCAAGGCCAUCAAGGCUGUUGGGACUGUCAAGAGGUUUUUCCCAUCAGAAUUUGGGAUUGAUGUUGAUAGACACCAUGCAGAGGAGCCUAUGAAGAGUAUGUUUGACUUGAAAGUUAAACUCCGUAGAACUAUUGAAGCAGAGAGCAUUCCAUACACAUAUGUUGUUCCCAACAGCUUUGCAGGCUACUUUCUUUCUAAUAUUGCCCAGCUUGGCCUAACAGCUCCUCCAAGAGACAAAGUUGUUAUUUAUGGAGAUGGAACUAGCAAAUCUGUAUAUUCGAAGGAAGAAGAUAUUGGUACAUUCACUAUCAAGGCAGUAGAUGAUCCAAGGACCUUGAACAAGAUCCUCUACUUGAGGCCUCCUGGAAAUACCAUCUCCACCAAUGAUCUUGUAGCCCUUUGGGAGUCAAAGAUAGGGAAGACUUUGGAGAAGGUCUAUCUAUCUGAGGAGCAGGUUCUUAAAUUAAUCCAAGAUACACCUAUGCCAGGAAAUUAUAUGGUAUGCAUUUUUCACACCAUUUAUGUGAAAGGGGAUCAAACCAAUUUUGAAAUUGGACCUGAUGGGGUUGAGGCCAGUGAGCUGUACCCAGAUGUCAAGUACACAACUGUUGAGGAGUAUCUCAGUGCUUUUCUGUGAAUUAUGUGAUAAUGACAUUGCAAACAAAUAAACAUUAUAAAUAUGUUAUCUUUUUAGGAAAAGAUCAUGCUUCCUGUGGCAAAUUCGUAAGAGGUUUUACUAGUUUAUUGAAAAUGAAUAGAAGGGUCUUUACUGAGGCUUGUUUAAGGGCUUUCUAAGUUGGAGAUGAAUGAUAUCAAUGAUUGAGGUCAUUUUUCAGAUGAAACAUUGGAGGACACAAAAAUAUAUUUAAGAUAUAAAAAUAUUGAAAAUAAUAUAAUUUCAGCUGUUAUGGA